UUGCGUUCUUCAGUGGUAUCAUGAAAGCAAACCAAAUUUAGAGCGGGAGAGAAUAGAUAAACCCUAAUCUGAUGCAUUAGUCCAUUUUCCACCGAUUCUUCACUUCUAAUAAAACCCUAAUCAGAUUAUCAUUGCAACCUAUUCACCAAUUCCCGCGACGAAGAGAUGAUGUACGGUGAUCAGCAGCCGCCUCGACAUGCACAGCCGCCGCCGAUGCCCCCGCAACUUCACCCUCAGCAGCAGCCGCCGAUGCCCCCGCAACUUCACCCCCAGCAGCAGCAACAGAUGCCUACGCAAAUGCACCCCCAGCAACCGCCGCCGCUACCACCGCAAAUGCACCCUCAGCAGCAGCAUAUGCCACUCGGAGACUUCUCUAGAGGUCAACAGUUUCAGCCUCCACUUCCUCCAUCGAUGCGUCAUCCGCCACCUGUUUCUUCCGCCAAUGUUGGUGGUGGUCAACCGGAUUAUCAUCAUCCUCCUGGUCAGCAGAUGUCUCAUCCACCAUUUGAUGCUCAAAAUGAUAGUUUUAAUGCAAAAAGGAUGAGAAAGAUUGGACAAAGAAGAUCUGUUGAUUACACCAGCACUGUUGUGAAGUAUAUUCAGGCUCGUAUGUGGCAGCGUGAUUCAAGGGAUAGACCAUUUGUGCAGGCCACCCAAGCUGCAGCCAUUGAUAUGUUACCAACAGCUGCUUAUGAAGACAAUGCAUCCAGUGGUUUUGCUGCUAAGUUUGUUCACACUUCUUUGAACAAAAACCGAUGUUCAAUUAAUCGUGUUGUGUGGACUCCUAGCGGAAGGAGACUUAUCACAGGAUCACAAAGUGGAGAGUUCACACUUUGGAAUGGCCAGUCAUUCAACUUUGAAAUGAUUCUGCAGGCCCAUGAUCAAGCAAUUAGGUCUAUGGUAUGGAGUUACAAUGAGAAUUGGAUGGUGACUGGAGAUGAUGGUGGGGCAAUAAAGUACUGGCAGAACAACAUGAAUAAUGUCAAGGUCCAUAAAUCUGCUCAUAAAGAAUCAGUCCGUGACGUAAGCUUCUGUAGGACUGAUCUAAAAUUCUGUUCCUGCUCUGAUGACACUACAGUCAAAGUUUGGGACUUUGCUCGAUGCCAAGAAGACCGCACUUUAACUGGUCAUGGAUGGGAUGUGAAGAGUGUUGCUUGGCAUCCAACUAAGUCUUUACUAGUUUCUGGUGGAAAGGACAACCUUGUGAAACUCUGGGAUGCAAAGUCGGGGAAAGAUCUCGCUUCAUUUCAUGGGCACAAAAACACCGUUCUCUGUGUAAAAUGGAAUGAAAAUGGAAAUUGGGUUCUUGCUGCUUCGAAGGAUCAUAUAAUCAAGUUGUAUGACAUAAGAGCUAUGAAAGAGCUUGAAUCAUUCCGUGGGCAUAAAAAGGAUGUCACUGCAUUGGCUUGGCAUCCAUCUCAUGAAGAAUAUUUUGUUAGUGGCAGCUUUGAUGGUUCCAUAUUUCACUGGCUUGUGGGGGAGGAAGACCCUCAAAUGGAAUGUGCUGGUGCACACGAUAACAGUGUUUGGGAUCUUGCAUGGCAUCCUAUGGGAUAUUUACUUUGCAGUGGUAGCAAUGACCAUACAACAAAGUUCUGGAGCAGAAAUAGACCAGGUGAUCCUGCUCGUGAUAAGUUCAGCCCAAAUCAGAACCAAGGUUAUGGGGAACAACAGAAUAUGGGCAGAAUGAUAGGCGGUUAUCCUUCAAAUGAACCUCCAACUCCUACUGGUCCUUUUGGCCCAGGGCUUUCAAAUAUUCCAGGUGUUGGACUUGCGAUGCCUUUGUCCAUUGAUUCAUCGGGUCAAGGAGAGCAAAAGACGCCCAUGUCCUUGUCAAUGCCUACAGGAGGACCUCCUCCUCUUCCACCUGGUCCUCAUCCUUCUGUUCUUAAUACAAAUCCCCAACAAAUUUAUCAACAAAUGCCACCACCAAAUAUGCAACAAUUUCAAUCAUCACCUCAGAUGCCUAUGAUGUCGCAUCCUCAUUUUCAACGUCCAUCUCACCAACUUCCGCCACAUGGCAUGCCUGCUUCGCUUCCUAUGCCAGCACCCGGUCUUAUGGGAAUGCAAGGUAAUGCAAACCAGAUGAAUCAACCAAUGCCACAGGGACCUUUCAUGGGCAUGAAUCCCAUGCAUGGCGGAUCUCCAAUGUAUCCUGGAAAUCCAUUUGGUCGGCCACAAGGUGGUCAGAUGCCACCGAUGCCUGGACACAAUCCCUAUCAGGGUGGAAAUCAAAGUCAGGCUGGCAUGGGACAAUUACCAUCUAAUUUUGGUCAUCCAUCUGGAAUGCAACCUCCUCCUCCUCUACCACCAGGUCCACCACCAUCACAUGGUCAAAAAAACCAGUGAUCUUACAUAAAAACUCAUUUAGCACAAUUAUGUUUUCAAUUAUAACUUGAAUUGAAGAACAAUUACAUCAUUUUGUUGUUUUUUUUUUUUGUGGGAGGGCUUUGUGUAUUGGCUUGUAGACCUUUUUUGGCCCUCAGUUGAGAAAAACAUCAAUCAGAUUAUAUAGGGAUUUAUUUAUUUAGAUAUAAGUUCA